AUGUCGAGGUUGCCCAAAGGACUUUGGGCGACUCGGUCUAUCACCUUGCAAGCGGGGUAUCCACUGAGCAUCUUUGGAAUCUUCCUCAGCUCUAUCGGGUAUCCUGACGAACUGCAAUACUACCUCGGGCAACCAGUCGGCGCGCAUAUGGAGAACCAACUCCGAGCCCCCGAUGGAGACGACAAGGAAACUGAAGUGCUUGGGCUGGAGAUCUAUCUCACAGUUGGCGUUUACUAG